GACUGGACAGCCUGGAUCAACAGCCUGACAGCAGCUGACAGUCCGGUGGAGGACGCAGCCAUCUGCGGGAUCACGCCCGGACAGGAGAGCGUGUGGGCCAGCACCCCGGCUCUGAGCAACAUUUCGGUAAGCGUGCACGCACACACACACACACACAAAGACACACACUCUCCUGCAGAGUAAACGCUGCAGACCUGAACUCUCGCUCAGAGUUUCAGUGUUUUUCUAACUUACAGGAAACACUCCCUCUAAAGUGGCGUGCGUUUGGCGUGCGUGCGUGUGAACAGCUCCUCUUCCUCCUCUGUCAGUCGGCGUCUUACAAACUCAAACCUGCAAGUUUUUAAAGCCGUUUUUUCACCCCCAUAAAAGCCGAAACCCCCGGACCGUACGGCAUCUGGACCCGGGCGGGAACAGGUGACAUCACAGCGACAGCCCUCAGCUGAUUGGCUGCUGGUUCCUUUUCCUGAAGCAGGCCCUUCAUUAGCUCUGACACAGACUCCGAAGUGUGUUUCCCUUUAUUUGUUUGUCUUCUUGGUGACUCUGGGGCGUGUUUGGUUUGCUGCUCAGCAGGUCUCUGCUCUGUCAGAGGGGCGGGUGGAGCUGCAGCUCCGCUCAGGUGUGACUCUGCAGCUUCACGCUCACCUGUGUUACAGAGUUCAGGGACAGUCCUGACGUGAUGCAGACUGUCUCCUGAUCAAAGGGGCGGGGGGGUUACGCUCACUGAACUCGCUCGACCACCUGGACUAAAAACCACGAGUCGGUGCAGACGACCCGGCCGCUCCUCUUCCCCUCAGACCCCGCAGACAUUUAGACUCUGAGCCGACAGAACAGUUGUUGCUGCUGCUGCGCGUUCGUGUCGUUUCCGGGCGUUUGGCGGUUUUCAGGGCUGCAGGCUGAGAGUUGGUGAAACUGCCUUAUAAGGGCAUGAUGUCAAAAAAGAGCAGGAAGUGAAGAAGAACACUUCUUCUUUCUCACACACACACACACACACACUCAGAGUGGCAAGUAGUCUACCUUCAGGCCUUUACUCUGAUUGGCUGGGUAGUUUCAGGAAGUGGUUUGCCCCUGCAAGCCUCUGUGCGUGUGUGUGCGUGUGUGUGUGUGUGUUUUGUCUUAACUUGUCUUUUAAACAUUCUUCCUUCUCUUCCUUCUCUUCUUCUCUUCGCUCAGACUGAGUCACUGUCUGUCACGUUAUUGACUUUUUUCUGAUCGUCGAUUGAUUAUCCGAUCAGGUAUCGAAACAGAAUCAUGACAACCAGAUCCAGAAAAAGUUCCGAUCGUGGUCCAUAUUCUCGGAUCAGAGUCAGAAGAGAUGAAGAGUCAGAACUUGAGAACUCUGGGACCGAUGUUACAACUUCAAAGUUAGAAUUCUGAGAUUUAAAAAACGUUUAAACUCUGAGAUCAAAGUAAAAUCUUUGAGUUUGAAGUUUGAAUUCUUCGAUCAAAGGAAGAAUUCUUGGAACAGUUAGAACUCUGAGAUUAAAGUUAGAAUUGUUAGAACAAAGUUUAAACUCUGAGAUCAAAGUCUGAAUUCUUUGAUGAAAUUAAGAAUUCUGAGAUCAAAGUAAAAUUUUUGAAUUUGAAGUUUGAAUUCUGAGAUCAAAGUCAGAAUUCUGAGACCACAGUUUAAACUCUGAGAUCAAAGUAAAAUCUUUGAGUUUGAAAUUUGAAUUCUUAGAUCAGAAUUCUUCGAUCAAAGGAAGAAUUGUUAGAUCAAAGUUUAAACUCUGAGAUCAAAGUCUGAAUUCUUUGAUGAAAUUAAGAAUUCUGAGAUCAAAGUAAAAUUUUUGAAUUUGAAGUUUGAAUUCUUAGAUUAAAGUUAGAAUUCUUAGAUCAAAGUUUAAACUCUGAGAUCAAAGUCUGAAUAUUUGGUUUAAAAUCAGGAUUCUAUAGAAAAGUUCAGAUCCAGGAAAAGAAUUCUUCUGUUUCUGACGUUUUCUCCGGGGGUUGGGUUCGGGUUAGUCUGACGUCUGAACAGACUUCAUUUUAAUCUCACUGACGAGUUUUAAUGACAUAAUGGCUUCAAAAGAUCCUGACUGAGCCAGAUUAGGGGGUGUGGCUGAAUAAACUGAAGUAACCAAACAAACAGAGAGGAGCUCGUUUGUCAGAAGCGUUUCAUUAAUUGGAAUAAGAGUAAAAACAGUGACUUCAUGAGAGUGUGAAUGUUUACAGACAAAUGUCUCCAUCAGAGGUUCGAGGAUCCCGACUGUGCUGCUGGUUUUAAAGACUUGACGACACGUCUAAUGUAGGGUUUGUCUUUGUGGUCAGUGGUGUGUCGUCUCCCGUAGAUCAAUAUUUGUAAGUUUUACUGUCUGAUCGUCUCUGUUUUUAUAACACAACACUUCCUCUCCUCUCUGGUUUUACUUCUACCAAGUCGGCACAUUUAAAGUGAAGUGAGACUCGCACCGAAGCGAUCUAACCUCGUCUAAACCUCGGAGAGGCUCUGAGCACACAUGACAACAGCACUCAGUGAAACCAGUUCAACCAGUUCAAAAGAAUUCAGCCUGGAAGAAGAAAAACUGCCUCUUCACCUAAAACGUCCUGCCCACGGUGUCGGCGGACUGAUCCACACACACUCGAACCCUCAUCGGAUCAGAGCGGAUCAGGUUUAGUCAGAUCCUAACAGGCUGAAGUUAGUCCACAUGAGCCUGGAGAUAAACCAGCACCGGAGGAAUAGACGUCAAACACGUUUAUACACGAGCUGAUUAAACGGACGCUCUCAUUGGCCGUUCAUCGAUGGACUCGGUUAAAAACGUUAAACUCCUCCAGGUUUAUAAAAGUGAAGCCAAAACAUGAGCCCAGUUCUUUUUUAUAGCAUCAAAUAAAUGAAAAACUGAAACUAGAUCCACCAAUAACAUCGCUUCUUAUUUACAGUUCCUCAAAGCAUCAUGGGAAAUGUAGUGCUGAACAGUUUGAUCCUCCAGAUCACCACCUUCUAAUCAAUAUGUGAUCGAUUAGUCGACUUCAUUUUGAUAACAGUGACAAGAAUGUUCAAGAACCGAGACGAGCGAAUAACGAUGAACCAACACGUCUCUCUGUCUCUCUCUCUUUCAGGUAGAUGAAAUCAGAAAGAUGGCCAAUGACAGGAAGGACUUCGCCAUAAACGGCGCUUACUUAGGAGGAAAGAGGUGCCGGCUAAUCAGAGACCAGUUGGAAAUGGAAGGGGUCAACUGUUGUGACUUGAAAACCGCCGCAGGAGCCGAUGGCAGCAACCCCGUCAACGUUUGUGUGGGCAAGAGUAAACAAGGUGAGGCGGUCAGACGGCGCUCUUUUCUAAUGAGCGACUGAAAGACUGAAGUGUACGACUGCUGGGGUGGGAGAGAAAAUCGAUUCACAAAAGUAUCGUGAUUUUUGGUUUUACAAUUUAGGAAUCGAUUCUUAUUCAAAAAAUUGUUUUUUUUAGUCAAAAAUCGACUUUAUAGGCAAAAAUCCAAAAUUGUAAAACCAAAAAAUCGCGAUACUGUUUUUUAGUCAAAAAAUUGAUUUUCUUUUACUAAAACAAUCGAUUUUAAAAGUUAAAAAAAACAUUUUAGUCAAAAUAUCAUUUUUUUUUUACUACAAAAUCGAAUUUUUUUACUUAAAAAUCGAUUCCUGAAUUGUUAAACCAGAAAUCAAGAUACUUUUUUAGUCAAAAAAUAGUUUUUUGCCUAAAAAAAUAGAUUUUUUGACUAAAAGACGAUUUUUUUUUUAGUCAAAAAAUCUAUUUUUUGACUAAAAAAUCGAUUCCUUAAUUGUGAAACCAAAAAUCGCGAUACUUUUUUUGGUAAAAUUUUUUUUACCUUACUUAAAAAAAUUGAUUUUUUUAAGUUAAAAAAAAAUUUUUUUUAGUCAAAAUAUCAUUUUUUUUAACUAAAAAAUCAUUUUUUAGUCAAAAAAUUGAUUUUUUGACUAAAAAAAUCAAUAUAUUUUUUCCAAAUUUAAGAAUAAAUCUUAAAAACUGACUUAAGGUCCUCACACACCAGGACCGAUGUGAAUGUAGAACACAAAAUUACAAAAUAUUCCGAGGUGAGUUUUGACGCGCCUGAAUAUACACAUCAACCCGAUGCGAUUUUGCGACUUUCCGGGGGGAAAAAGACGGAACAAAGUCGGCAGAAAGAGGAAGGUGGCAGUGAAGGGGGCGGGACUCUGUGUCACUUGACCAAAUAUUUUGUCAUAUUUCUGAUGGAUGGAUUGUUGACUCUGUUUUUUGUCUCCGCAGCCAUCGUUGUGGCUUUUGCCAAAAAAGAUUCCGGAGGAGGACCGCUGGGCGACAAGGUUUUUAAAACUGUUGAUCAUCUGCGGAAAUGCAACAUGUAAGAUGGCUGCUGCACCCCCCCACCCCCAUCCCCACCCCCUUCACCCACCAACAAAGAUGGCCGCCAUCACCCUACCUAGAAAAUCAUCCCAGUUCUGACCCCCUUAGCUUUCCUUUUUUGUCCUUUUGUUGAUCUGGUAGACGUAGUUCUGGCCUCUGGGAUGUCAAAGAUAUUUAAAGUUCAGCGGUGAAGCUAAAGCUCCUCUGUGCAUUUCCUGUUUGAAGCAGUGUUAGAUAUUUUCAGCAUGGAUGGAUCAGUGUACACCCCCAGCUCUGUGCAGACUCACCCCUGGAGAAACAAAAAUAAAAGACCUCGAUGUUUAUUCUGAAAGUUUGAUUGAGUUUUAUUCUGAAAGUCACUGUGUGUCUCUGUGUGUCUGAGUGGUAUUCUUAGGAACCUGUAAUGUGGGGACAUUUGGACCAGUCCUCACAAGAGCAUAUAAACAAGUGCAAGUGUGUGAAACUUUCUAAUAUAAUUACUGCCAACUAUACUUUAGUACUUACACUGUGAGUACUGCACAUGCUCACACAGUUACCAUCACCACAUGACAGGCUGGGUGGCCCCGCCCCUCUAAAGAGUGCAAACGCACCUUUGGGGGGGUCCACAGCAUCUAUGGUUCCAAGACCUCCAGAAAGAAUCUGACCCCCGACCUCCCCCUUCAUCCUGAUCGUCUCCUAAAAGGUCGUAUCCUCCGAUCGUAGCUGAUCGUAACCAUUCAAGUUAACGUGUCAAUUUACACCGACUUCUUUCCGUUCCUCUGCGGAUCGCCGGACUCCUCAGCUGUGGAUACGACUAAACUCAUAACUCGUCUUUUUCCGACUUCUCUCCUUGUCCUCGUUUACAUGCAGCUGAGAAAACCGAAUUAUUGACGUGAACGUGUCCUCCUCCCCAACACUAGGGGGCGAUAUGGGUCUUUUCAGCGGUGCUGUUUCCGACCCCAUCCAACCGUCAACAACAACAGCAGGUCGGUGUCAGACGUCAGAAGUGUCUACAACUGCUGCUGAGACGAACUCUUCUUCUCUGGUGUUUUUGUUACGGGGUUACGGGGGCGUGGCCUGUAACUGAUCAAACUCCAACUACGCUGGUUACACGGUCGAGAAAAUCGAAUUCCAGUCGCAUUAUCUGGGUGUCGUAAUCGGAGUUCUCCGACUCUGAUUAUAGUCGGAAUAAAGUGUUUACAUGACCUUCAGGUGUCCGGUCUUAAUCGGAAUAAGGCGAUAAUUUGGUUUUCUCGGGUGUCAUGGAAACGGACUGACUGAAGGUUGGUCUUCGACCCGGUCAUGUGACUAACCUCGAGAUGUUCCUGCGGGUUUUCAGUUGUCAUAGUUGACCGUGUCGUCCCUCCCCCAGGAAAGAUUCAGAGUUAAAGAGUUAAAUGUUAAAUGAAUGAAGAGGAGGAAGAGGAGGAAGAGGAGGAAGAGGAGGAAGAGGAGGAAGAGGAGGAAGAGGAGGUGCCCCGCCCUCCCCGCGGUCAUGUGUGGUUAUAUUUAGCUCGCUGUAAAGGCCGACCGGCGGCUGGACCGGCUGCAGUGUCUGUGUACAGUGUGUGAUACAGUUAAAGGUGAGCGUAAAGGGUAAGAUGUUUGUGUGUGUGUGUGUGUGUGUGUGUGUGUGUGAGUGUGUGUGUGUGUGUGUGUGUGUAUUAGGGUUAGUGCCCUUUGCAGUGAAUGCUGAGCUGGUCUCACAUUUCCUCUCUGGAUGAACUUUGACCUUCUCUAUCUGAGUUAGGGACCGUCUGUCUAGUUCACCCCACAGACUGUAUCUGAAGAAGACUCGCCUGAGAGGAUCCACAGAGACGCGGUUCAGUCCUCCGACAGCUGAUGACGGCGGGCCUGCAGGUGAGGUCGGAGUCAGAACGUCAGAGCGGGUCAAAGGCGAAUAAAGGCGGUCCACACUGUAGAUGAGAGGUUCUGAACUGGUCUCACUCUGGGACCCACAGUCUCCCAUCGUCCUGAAGACCCACUUUUAUAAAAUCCAAACCAAGAAAAUUUAUUUCUUUAUUAAAAAAAACUUUAAAGUCUCAAAUCUUUGACAUAAACACGUCAUUUUUACUGAGUGAACCGAGGACGGCAACUACCGAAGUUUCGUGUGCAGAAAAAAUCAAAUCACACAAAAUAAAGACCAAUCAAAAUAAAACAAGUAUUUAUUUUUACUGCAUUCAGGCCACAUCAACAAGACACUGAGGAGGACCACCACAUAAAGCAUGCCUUUCAAAAUAAGAUAUUUUUCAAAAUAAGAUAUUUUUCAAAAUAAAAGACGCGCAUUACAUAUUUACUUUUUUGACCAGCUUCACGCCGUUAUCCCGAAAUCAGGUUCAUGAGCGGACUCGGAGACCAGGACCUGAAACAACAACUGCAGCGUCUCCGACAUCGGUCCAAAUCUUGUCCAAGAGAGACGAAGAAGAAGAAGCGGCGGCCGUUAGCAAACUAGCUUUAGCAUCUCUCCGCUCAGAAGACUUACGAUGAAAAAACGUUUGAGUUCGAGUCCCUGCAGGUCAAACAUCGAGACUUUUAACGGCGCUCUCACAGCUUAACUUCAAAAUAAAAGCAGAGUUUAAGCUAGCUUGUUUCCUUUUUCUUUUUUUUAUUAGGAUGGUAGGAGAAAGUCCCGCCUCCUUCGCCUCUGAUUGGCUAGAAAAGCUGGAAACAUCGUCACACGCUCAAGCCGAGCGCGGGCUGUCGGCUCUGAACAUCGAACAGAACAUUAUCGAGCUUCUGAACCAAUCAGAGGCGAACAAAAAAAAAAUUUGCGUCCCCGAAACUCGAUUUUGUACUGGGCAUGUGCGAAACUUACGUCACUUCCUCUGUAAAUUUAUUAAACUUUAAAAACUUUAUUUAAACUUCCGAUCGAUUCAGAAACAAGAUGGCGAUGUGACAGGCUAGCUAGCAGGAGGCUCCAGAGCUAACGCCGAGGUAUUCGCCAGAGCUCCUGCCCAGAACGGUGAGACCUUUACGGCUACAGAGAGCGCCACCACCUGGUCAAAAUUAUACAGCGUUUUAAUUUCCACACUGAAAUAUUCUCAUUCAUUCAAACCUUUUAGAACUACGUUACAAUUUUACAGUUUAGCUGGAGGAGGAGCCUUUAAUCGUCAAACUGGGCGCCAUUCUCUGGACCGUCCGGCGCUCUGCUUCGGUCGGGGGAAGAACGCCGUUCAGGAGAAAAGAAAAACGUGUGACCGUUAGCAUCGAUAAACUGAAGCGAGCUCGCUGAUGUUUUCCUCCGAAGUCAGAUGUCGGAGCUGAAAAUGACGUCACGCCCGAGUUAUCGGCGUUUCCGUUACAAAGUCGGAAAAAAACAAAAUGGCGACAUCUACGAAUGUUAUUUUAGCUCUUGCCUAAUAUUCGGACAACACAAGCAUAGACGUCGCUAACUUGUUUCUGCCUCUGAUUUCGCUUUUUUCCGACUCGGUAACUGGAGUGUGACGUCAUUUUCAGAGUCAAAGCUGAUUGGUCAGUUAGACAGUCGGGUCAGGUGGGACUUUAACGGCGAAACAAGAUCUGUUAUCUCAAAAUAACGUCAAGAUCACAAACUUAUCAGAGAAGAGCAAAUGUACAAAAAUAAGAAAUACAAGCUUUGUCCACAGGGGGCGCCAAACCUGACCCUGAAAGUUCCUUAUAGGAGCUUUAAAGUUGUGGGAUCUCUCUGCGGUUUCAGAGGAAUUCUCAACAUGUCUGUACAGGUGAGAAGGUCUGUGCUCAGGGGGUGGAUGAGAGACAGACAGACGGACAGACAGACAGAGGGGUGAGACAGUGUCCCCUCUGAGUGUCCUCGUGGACUCUGGUCUCUCAGGGUGGGUCCUGAAUCCUCUCUGGAGUUUUAUCUCCCGUCCCCUCUGUCAGGGUUUUUCUGCUCCUGGAGCUCCUGUGUUUGCAGACGCUCCCUGACUCCCCCGUCCAGCCUCCUCCUCCCCCUCCACAGGGAGGGAGCGUCUAUAAAAACUCGGCUCAGGGACAGACGGACACUUUCCACGUCAGUGAGACAGUCAGACGGACGGACGGACGGACGGCCCCAAGACGACACCCCCUCUUCUCUGAGAGCACAGCUGAGGUAGGCUGGAGCCAAACUGAGACCUGGUUCUCUUCUUUUUCAGGUCUGACCCCUGUUCUUAUUUUGAAAGGACACUUCCUGUUUCUUUCACACUCUUGUUUCUGAAAGAGUCUGCGGUCUGUUCGCCCGCCCGUCUCAUUUCUCUCCUUUUAAAGCUUCAGUUUGCAGGAGGGUUCGGGGUUCGGGGUUCGGGGGGCUGGGUUAGGGUGAGCAGGACUCUCCCAGUCCAGAACUUUCUGAGCAGUUUUCCUCCAAAGACAGAAAACCUUCAGGACGUUGACUUUGAGCCGCCUGAAGGUCAGUGUGCUGAACAAAUGAAAUGAGACAAACAGCAGCAGCAGCAGCAGGAGGAGCUCAAAGUCCAGAGAGAGAGAGAAAAAAGGGUCUGAGCGAGGGAGUGAGCGAGGGAGCGAGGGAGCGAGGGAGCGAGGCCGUUAAAAAAGAGGAAACACAGUCAGUCUGCACUUUCUAAUCAGCUCCAACUCUUAUUACUGUAGGGGAGACCGGGGUCAGCUCUACGUUUUCUUCUGUUACUCACAGAGACUUUAAAAUACACGUGUGUGUGUGUGUGUGUGUGUGUGUGUGUGCACGAGUUAUAAAAGCCGAUGAACAGAAGACAGUUUUUUUGAUUUAAUGUGAUAAAAAGUUCUGAUGUUUUAGUCGACCCAGUCACCGGUGUGGUUUUCAAGAAACGUGUCGUAGAAACCCGACGUACUGAAACACGCAGUAGCUGUGAUCUGAUGGAACUAAUGAAGGAAACACUGAGACAUAAUUAAGACAUCAUUAAGACAUAAUUAAGACAUAAUUAAGACAUAAUUAAGAUGACUUUAGGUUCAGUUAUCGUUUUCGUUCACACUCAGAAGAGCUUCGAUGAAAAAGAGAAAUCUCUGUUUAUAAAUGCUCUGAGAAAUACUGAUUAAAAAGUCGACAACCAGCUACAUCACUGAAGAAGACUGUAAAAAAAGACUGUUAAAACUAUAAAAACUAUAAAAACUGAAAAAAAAACUAUAAAAACUGUAAAAAAGACUGUUAAAACUAAAAAAACUAUUAAAACUGAAAAAAAAACCUGUUAAAACUAAAAAAAAACUAUUAAAACUGAAAAAAAAACCUGUUAAAACUAAAAAAAAACUGUUAAAACUGUAAAAAAAAACUAUUAAAACUGAAAAAAAAACCUGUUAAAACUAAAAAAAAACUAUUAAAACUGUAAAAAAAAACCUGUUAAAACUAAAAAAACUAUUAAAACUGUAAAAAAAAACUAUAAAAACUGUAAAAAAAAAACUGUUAAAACUAAAAAAACUAUUAAAACUGUAAAAAAAACUAUAAAAACUGUAAAAAAAAAAACCUGUUAAAACUAGAAAAACUAGAAAAACUGUUUAAAAAAAAACUGUUAAAACUGUAAAGACUGUAAAUAUGGUAAAAACUGUAAAAAUGUUUUUUAAAAAAACGUAAAAACUGUAAAAAUGUAAAAAAAAAAAAACAGUAAAAAUGGUACAAAAAAUGUAAAGACAAAAAUGGUAAAAACUUUAAAACUGUUUCAAAAACAGUAAAAACUGUCAAUAAUUAAAAGUCAAUACUGUGAAAACAAAUUAUUCACUGUAAAAAUGGCAAAAACUUUAAAACUGUAAUAAAAAUGUAGAAUUGUAAAAAAUGUAAAGACUGUUAAAAUGGUAAAAACUUUGAAAAUGUCAAAAAAUGUAAAAAACAUUAAAAAAACUGUAAUAACUGUAAAAAUGUUUUUUUUUUAAAAACGGUAAAACCCUGACCCCUAUUUGCAGACCUGAUUCGAUCUAAAACCGUCAGAUCAUGAUUCCACGUUCAGCGAGUUUGAGUGACGAUCUUUGAAACCGAAAUUAAGUUUAAAUUUCUUUAACUUCAAAAAAAGAAAAAGAAAAAACUGCACAACAGAAAAACAACUUUAAAACUUGGAACUCUGCAGCAGGAGGAGGAUCCAACUGAGCAUGUGCAGAGUCAGAGCUGUCUCCUAUUGGACAAGUGCUCGGGUUAGCCUUAGAGCUAACAGAAAGUAGCAUGAGGAGAAGAACAAGAGUUAGAGAAGAUUCAGGACCAGGAGUCCAAGGAGGAGUUAGGAGAGGAGAUAGGAGAGGAGUUCAAGGAGGAGAUAGGAGAGGAGUUCAAGGAGGAGAUAGGAGAGGAGUAAGGAGAGGAGAUAGGAGAGGAGAUAGGAGAGGAGAAAGGAGAGGAGAUAGGAGAGGAGAUAGGAGAGGAGUUCAAGGAGGAGAUAGGAGAGGAGUAAGGAGAGGAGAUAGGAGAGGAGUUAGGAGAGGAGUUCAAGGAGGAGAUAGGAGAGGAGUAAGGAGAGGAGAUAACAGAGGAGUUAAGAGAGGAGUUAGGAGAGGAGUUCAAGGAGGAGUUGGUUUUUGACCACAGGUGUUUUCAGCCGAUUAUUAAAAACAACAUCAGAGACUGAAAUGAGUUUCCUGUCAGAGACGAAGUUAACAUCAGAAACUUUAGCAUCUGUGUGUGUGUGAGUGUGUGUGAGAGAGUGUGUGUGUCUGUGUGUGUGUCUGUGUGUGUCAGUGUGUGUGUGUGUGAGUGCAGUGAGGUCUUUGUAAAGGCCAUAAUUGGGCUCAAGUUUUCUUAUAACGGCUCAGCUGUUCUGUAUCACUGAGCUCUGCACACACACACACACUCAGAUAUUUGGUUACAUAACAGUCUGACCAUGCUAACAUGCUAACAUGCUAACAUCAUGCAGUAGUUUGUGACUCCUCCUUCACGUUCAGAUCUGAAUAUAAAUGAUAUUUUCACAAACAGAACCAGAUCCAGGUCUCAUUAAAGGGGUCCAGGUCCGGGUCCUGAGAGUAAACAGAUCUAGAUCCAGGUCUCAUUAAAGGGGUCCGGGUUCUGAGUGGACCUGGUCUAACAUGUGAAUUAUUCUGAGUGUUUUAAAUCCUGAAACCACCUGAGCAGGUAUCAGAGUUCAGGAACCUCCUCACCUGUGAUUUCACCUCCAACACUCCCACUCAGGACGGGACAGUGACGCCCUCUGGUGGUCAAACUCUGUGGAGACAUCAGAAACAUUAAUAUUCAUAAAUGAUCCAAACUGAGUCGAACUUUAUUCCAGUUCUGAUCGUCGUCUAUCACACUGGUUCUGAACUGGUCUCACUCUGGGACCCUCAGUUUCCCAUGAUCCUUCAGACCCACUUUUAUAAAACUCAAACCAAAUUUACAUUUUAUUUUAUUUAUUCUUCACAAAAAAACUUUAAAGGCUCAAAUCUUUAACAUAAAUACAGUUUUUUAUUGAGUAAAGUGGAUUUCAGAGCAGAUGAACUAAAGACGACGACUGAAGUUACAAAAACAGAAAAUAUCAAAUUAAACAAAAUAUCACCAUAAAAAAAAAACAUGUAUUUUUACUGCAUUCAGGCCACAAGAAACCGAGGAAGACCACGACAUAACGCGUACCUUUCAAAAUAAAAGACAUGCCAAACACUAGAUGAGCAUCAAUGAUUUACUUUCUUUGACCAGCUGUUUGCAACCCAUCCAGAACGUGUCCACGACCCACUUUUGGGUCGGGACCCACCAGUAAUAAUAAUAAUAAUCAUUAUUAUUAUUAUUAUUUUAUUAUUAUUAUUGUUAUUAUUACUAUUAUUAUUAUUAUUAUUAUUUUAUUAUUAUUAUUUAUUAUUAUUGUUAUUGCUAUGAUUAUUGUUUUAUUAUUAUCAUUAUUGUUGUUGUUAUUAUUAUUAUUAUUGUUAUUAUUAUUAUUUUUAAAUUAUUAUUAUCAUUAUUGUUAUUAUUAUUAUUAUUAUUGUUAUUAUUAUUAUUAUUGUUGUUAUUAUUAUUAUUUUAUAUUAUUAUUAUUAUUAUUAUAUACGUAGUAGUGAUUGGUUUAAAUCGCAUUAAACGUCAACCUGAUCAUUAUACAUCAUCCCUAAAACCACAGGGUGAAUUUAGACACUGAAAACUUCGUACAGACACUGACACACACAGACAUUAGGCUGUGUCUGUGUCUGUGUCAGUGUCUGUGUUUGGGACCUUCAGUUAUCAGAGACUAAAGAGGUUCAUAUCAUCUCACAGUUACAAAUACCUCAGUAAAUGUCAAACACUGAAGAGUGUGUGUGUGUGUGUCUGUGUGAGUGUCUGUAAUGUUAUAUCAGCUGAGAGGAAGCCGCUGUGACCUCUACAGAAAGGUCAAGGAAAAGGCUAAAGGGUUCAGGCAGCAAACCUGCUGUAUUUAUAACUGUCCUAGGAGGAAGGAGGAAUCCACACACACACACACACACACACACACACACACACACACACACACACACACCCCUCUGGAAGCAGAAUGGUCUCUCCUUCUCUCUCAUUGGUUCCUGUAACUCUCUGUUAUCGGUCCAGCUCUGUGAUUGGCUGAGAGGAGGAAGAGGGUGGACGGGCUCUGAUAGGGGGCGGGGUUUGCUGUCAUGGAGGCGUCAUGGCGUUCCACAGGAUGAGUGCAGCAGCAGGUCACACACAGACUCACACAGACUCACACAGACUCGUUCAUAAACAGAGUCCUGCUCUUCGUUGUUUCCGUCUCCUCCGUCUGUUUUUAGUUUCUUUACGGGGACGUUAAUCAGAGCGGAGGUGAAGGUGUCUCUCUCAGUCCUCGUCCUCUCUCUGUCUCCGAGUCUCUCUCCUGUCAAACACACUCUCUGCUCUGUCAAGGUCGCUCUGUCUCGUGUCUCUAAUUCUGUCUCUCUGUCCUCCAUCAGUCAGGAUGUCCAUCACUAAGAUCCACGCCAGAGAGAUUCUGGACUCCAGAGGAAACCCCACAGUGGAGGUGGACCUGUGGACCGCCAAGGGUGAGACCCCCUAAAUGUAGAAAUAUGUGGAGACGUCUCUGAUUGGACCGUUUUCUGUUUCAAACAUGUCUGUAGUCUCAGUGACACCACGUCUACAAACAGACAAAGAGGUGGAUUCUGGGACACAGCAGUCAGAAAAACAUCAGGACACGCCCCUAAACACACCUGAUUAUGUGACUUAUUAUAAUCUGAUGUAAACAAGAAGGUUUAGUCUUAAUCUGAUUUAAAACAGCGAGUUUAAUCCUUAGAUACCAGAGUUCUAACUUUGAUCUCAGAGUUCUAACUUUGAUCUCAGGGUUCUAACUUUGAUCUCAGGGUUCUAACUUUGAUCUCAGAGUUCUAACUUUGAUCUCAGGAUUCUAACUUUGAUCUCAGAGUUCUAACUUUGAUCUCAGGGUUCUAACUUUGAUCUCAGGAUUCUAACUUUGAUCUCAGGGUUCUAACUUUGAUCUCAGGGUUCUAACUUUGAUCUCAGGAUUCUAACUUUGAUCUCAGGGUUCUCUUUGAUCUCAGAGUUCUAACUUUGAUCUCAGGAUUCUGACUUUGAUCUCAGGGUUCUCUUUGAUCUCAGAGUUCUAACUUUGAUCUCAGAGUUCUCUUUGAUCUCAGGGUUCUCUUUGAUCUCAGAGUUCUAACUUUGAUCUCAGGAUUCUAACUUUGAUCUCAGGGUUCUCUUUGAUCUCAGAGUUCUAACUUUGAUCUCAGGGUUCUCUUUGAUCUCAGGGUUCUAACUUUGAUCUCAGAGUUCUAACUUUGAUCUCAGAGUUCUAACUUUGAUCUCAGGAUUCUAACUUUGAUCUCAUGGUUCUAACUUUGACCUAAGGAUUCUAACUUUGAUCUCAGGGUUCUAACUUUGAUCUCAGGGUUCUAACUUUGAUCUCAGAGUUCUAACUUUGAUCUCAAGAUUCUAACUUUGAUCUCAGGAUUCUAACUUUGAUCUCAGAGUUCUAACUUUGAUCUCAGAGUUCACUUUGAUCUCAGGGUUCUAACUUUGAUCUCAGACUUCUAACUUUGAUCUCAGAGUUCACUUUGAUCUCAGGGUUCUAACUUUGAUCUCAGGGUUCUAACUUUGAUCUCAGGGUUCUCUUUGAUCUCAGGGUUCUAACUUUGAUCUCAGGGUUCUAACUUUGAUCUCAGAGUUCUCUUUGAUCUCAGAGUUCUAACUUUGAUCUCAGAGUUCUCUUUGAUCUCAGGAUUCUAACUUUGAUCUCAGGGUUCUAACUUUGAUCUCAGGGUUCUCUUUGAUCUCAGAGUUCUAACUUUGAUCUCAGGAUUCUAACUUUGAUCUCAGGGUUCUAACUUUGAUCUCAGGGUUCUCUUUGAUCUCAGGGUUCUAACUUUGAUCUCAGGGUUCUAACUUUGAUCUCAGGGUUCUCUUUGAUCUCAGAGUUCUAACUUUGAUCUCAGGAUUCUAACUUUGAUCUCAGGGUUCUAACUUUGAUCUCAGAGUUCUAACUUUGAUCUCAGGGUUCUCUUGAUCUCAGGGUUCUAACUUUGAUCUCAGGGUUCUCUUUGAUCUCAGAGUUCUAACUUUGAUCUCAGGGUUCUCUUGAUCUCAGGGUUCUAACUUUGAUCUCAGGGUUCUCUUUGAUCUCAGAGUUCUAACAUUGAUCUCAGGAUUCUAACUUUGAUCUCAGAGUUCUAACUUUGAUCUCAGGGUUCUAACUUUGAUCUCAGAGUUCUCUUUGAUCUCAGAGUUCUAACUUUGAUCUCAGGGUUCUCUUUGAUCUCAGAGUUCUAACUUUGAUCUCAGGAUUCUAACUUUGAUCUCAGAGUUCUAACUUUGAUCUCAGGGUUCUAACUUUGAUCUCAGAGUUCUCUUUGAUCUCAGAGUUCUAACUUUGAUCUCAGGGUUCUCUUUGAUCUCAGACUUCUAACUUUGAUCUCAGGAUUCUAACUUUGAUCUCAGGAUUCUAACUUUGAUCUCAGGGUUCUCUUUGAUCUCAGAGUUCUAACUUUGAUCUCAGGAUUCUGACUUUGAUCUCAGGGUUCUCUUUGAUCUCAGAGUUCUAACUUUGAUCUCAGGGUUCUCUUUGAUCUCAGGGUUCUCUUUGAUCUCAGAGGUCUAACUUUGAUCUCAGAGUUCUAACUUUGAUCUCAGGGUUCUCUUUGAUCUCAGGGUUCUUACUUUGAUCUCAGAGUUCUAACUUUGAUCUCAGGGUUCUAACUUUGAUCUCAGAGUUCUAACUUUGAUCUCAGGAUUCUAACUUUGAUCUCAGGGUUCUGACACAAAAACAGAGUCACUGAUGUUCUAACCCGGCUGGUGAGUUUACAUACUUGGUAACGCCCCCCCCUCUUCUGUCGCUCAGGUCUCUUUAGGGCAGCCGUUCCCAGCGGCGCAUCAACUGGAGUCCAUGAGGCUCUGGAGCUCCGCGAUGGCGAUAAGAGUCGUUACCUGGGCAAAGGUAGGCUGAGGGUUCAGAGUCUGGGUCUGAGAUACCAGGUGGAACGUUUUAUCACACUUUAGGUCUGUGCUUCCUCCGCAGGUACCAUCAAGGCUGUGGACCACGUGAACAAGGACAUCGCCCCCAAGCUGAUCGAGAAGGUAUGACAUGAUCAGAAGGAAACAUGAGAAAUCGUUAAUGAACGUCGCUGUUUUAACGACCGUCUCUCUCUCUCUCUCUCUCUCAGAACUUCAGCGUUGUCGAGCAGGAGAAGAUCGACAAGUUCAUGCUGGAGUUGGAUGGCACAGAGAACAAAUGUAAGGAUCUGUCUGUCUCACCCGUCUCUCUGUCUCACCCGUCUCUCACCCGUCUCUCUGUCUCACCCGUCUCUCUCUGUCUCCUCACAGCUAAGUUCGGAGCUAACGCCAUCCUGGGCGUGUCCCUGGCCGUCUGUAAGGCUGGAGCGGCAGAGAAAGGCGUCCCCCUCUACCGCCACAUUGCUGACCUGGCUGGACACAAAGAAGUCAUCCUUCCUGUUCCUGUGAGUUCCAGACUUUAACAGGAUCCCAGACCUGAACGCGGUCUCUCCGCCCUCUUUGAGACUCUGUCCUGUUUCGUUUAUUCCUGUUUUUCUCUGCAGGCCUUUAACGUGAUCAACGGCGGCAGCCAUGCCGGAAACAAACUGGCCAUGCAGGAGUUCAUGAUUCUUCCUGUCGGCGCCGCAAACUUCCACGAGGCCAUGAGGAUCGGCGCCGAGGUGCGUUGGCUUCUUCAUCAGAGAUCAUUUCCUGAGUGUCGUCAUCGUCCACCUGUCUGACCGUGUGUUUGUGUGUCCAGGUCUACCACAACCUGAAGAACGUGAUCAAGGGGAAAUACGGCAAGGACGCCACCAACGUGGGAGAUGAGGGAGGCUUCGCCCCCAACAUCCUGGAGAACAACGAGGGUGAGGCACGCUCCCAAAAGACCCGGUUACAGACGAGGGUCCCAGACGUGUUCUGAACCCGAGUGUUCUGCCGAGUUGUCCAACAACGUCCAACCGUAGGAUGAAAUGACAGACGUAUCUGUGUCCUCUCACCUCGUCUCCGCAGCUCUGGAGCUCCUGAAAACCGCCAUCGAGAAGGCCGGAUACCCCGACAAGAUCAUCAUCGGGAUGGACGUGGCCGCCUCCGAGUUCUUCCGCAGCGGGAAGUACGACCUCGACUUCAAGUCACCCGACGACCCGUCCAGACACAUCAGCGGCGAGAAGCUGGGAGACCUGUACCGCAGUUUCAUCAAGAACUACCCCGGUAACAAAGUCGAGUCUUGAUCUGAACAGAAAGACCGAAAACCACGACUGUACCUGACCGUCUGUAACUGACCGUCUGUCACUGACCGUCUGUCUCUUUGUCUCCAGUCCAGUCCAUUGAGGAUCCAUUUGACCAGGAUGACUGGGAUAACUGGGCCAAGUUCACCGCCUCCACUGACAUCCAGGUGAGACACACAGACACACACACACAGACACACACACACAGACACACACACAGACGGUUUUGCGACCGUCCAUAAACUUUCAAAUGUCCGUUUCUGUCAUGAACGAUAACAGCGCUCUCCUCGUCGUUCCUAAAGUCGUCGUUCUUUCGUGUUUCAGCUGCUUCUGGGUCGAGAGUUCGUUAAAUGAUCGCGCCGCUUCUUCUUCUCAGAGUGUGUCUUUAAUUAACCAAUCAGUUCCUGUUUGAUUUGAACCAAUCAGAUCGUAGGAGACGACCUGACAGUGACCAACCCAAAGAGGAUCCAGCAGGCGGUGGACAAGAAGGCGUGUAACUGUCUGCUGCUCAAAGUCAACCAGAUCGGAUCAGUCACCGAGUCCAUCCAGGCGUAAGACAAACACCUGUCUCCCUACCUGUCCACCUGUCUGUCUCUCUACCUGUCCACCUGUCUGUCUGUCCACCUGUGUGUCUGUCCACCUGUCCACCUGUCUGUCCACCUGUCUGUCUCUCUACCUGUCCCCCUGUCUGUCCACAUAAACCGUUUCCUUAUUCCUGUUGUUUGAUUUCAGGUUUAACUGAUUUUCAUUUUGUCUCCCUGCCUUCCAUGCCCCCCCCCCCCCCCUUGGUCAUACCUGUCCUUCUCUCUACCUGUCCCCCGCCCCCGUCCGUCCCUCAGGUGUAAACUGGCUCAGAGCAGCGGUUGGGGGGUGAUGGUCAGUCAUCGCUCCGGAGAGACCGAGGACACCUUCAUCUCUGACCUGGUGGUCGGACUCUGCACUGGACAGGUGAGUCAGGUCACAUGACUGACAGGUGGAGGCGGGGUCAGGGUGGAGACAGGUGGAGGUCACUCUGUUCUCUCUCUCUCUCUCUCUCUCAGAUUAAGACCGGCGCCCCCUGCAGGUCAGAACGUCUGGCUAAAUACAACCAGCUGAUGAGGUGAGGAUUUCCUGUCUCUACAAAAUAAGAGCAUGGUCUCUAAUCCUUCAAAGUAAAAGCUCCGUCACUGAUGCAGAGUGGAAUGACUUUGACCUUUGACCUUUAGGAUCGAGGAGGAGCUCGGCGACAAGGCCAAGUUCGCCGGCAAAGACUACCGCCACCCGAAGAUCAACUAAAGCUCCGCCCUGACCUUCUGUCUGUCAUCCUGACGACUGAUUGGUGACCUCUGAGGCCCCUCCCUCCCCCCUCAGCUGGGGGAGAGAGGUCAGAGGUCAUGGCGGGUUCACGCCCGCCGUCCUAGUUAUAAUUCCAUUAAAGAUGUUUUUUACAAAAAAACACAAUAAAGACGAAAGAAAACAAGAAAAACAGUCUGUGAGAAAAACACGUUCUUUCAAAAUAAAAGACUUCAAACUUAGAAGUUAGAGACGGUCAGGGAGGUUUAUUUUGGAGGGACAACAUGAGAGAUAAAAACAUUCAAGAGUGACGAGAAACAGUCCGAAAAGUCUGACGUUAUAGACCUUUAGAUUCUAGAUUCUGUGUUCGACUUUGUGACUUCGUCAGGAACUUCGAUUUCAACAAAAUAAAAUCAUUAAAACGACUAAAUUCAAAAAUGUUCUCAUUAAAAUUAAGACACUUGAGUGGCUGUUGACCCGGUUUGAUCAAUAUCUAAUAAUCAGAGUAAAAACUGGAAUCAUGAGAGCGCUGACACUGAGAAACAGACUUAAGAUUAGACUUAAUCUCAGCGUCUAGAUUCUGUUUAUCUUUAGACUGAACUCAGACGGAGUUUUAAAACUGAUCUCUAAGAACUAAAACUCUAAAUACAGUCAGACCCUCGUUAGACGGCGAGAUUUAACUUGGUCUGAAUUUAGACGUCUAAAAAACUCUCAUUUUGAGGUAGUCUGAUUUUAGUCCAGACGUCUAGACUACAUGUAGAUGUCUCUUUGACUAAAAACUGCUCACAGUCAGAUCCUCUUCAUUCUCAGUUUUCAUGUUUUUCUCUGUCCAGAUGUGAGAGUUUAGAUGUCUGUGUGAGGACCACCACAACAACUAUGAUAAUCAAUAUUUUCAUUGAUAAUGAAGCCGAACAAGAAAACUGAGAGACCAGAACCAAACUGGAGGAGAGAGAACUGUUUUAACAGCUGAUUUCAGACCCGGGUCAGAACCGACCCGUUAACAUGGAGGGAGUGAAGUCAAAACUAAAACAGGAGGAAGAGGAAUCUGACAGUCUACAUCCUGACGACAGGAUCCCUGACUCUGGGCUCAAGAUACCGUCUUAUCAAAGUCAACGUUCAAGUUAAAGAGAAAUAUUAAACUUCAGGGUCUGUGGGGCUUUUAUUUUGAAAUGACUUUUAUUUUGAAUAGACUUUUAUUUUGGAUUGACUUUUAUUUUGAAAUUGACUUAUUUUGAAUUGGCUUUUAUUUUGAAUUGGCUUUUAUUUUGAAUUGGCUUUUAUUUUGAAAUUGACUUAUUUUUAAUAGACUUUUAUUUUGAAAUUGACUUAUUUUGAAUUGGCUUUUAUUUUGAAUUGGCUUUUAUUUUGAAUUGGCUUUUAUUUUGAAAUUGACUUAUUUUGAAUUGGCUUUUAUUUUGAAUUGUUUCCUAUUUCUUCAUUUGACUCCUCCCACUGAGCCUUUUUUGGUCUAAGAGACAUCUACAUGUAGUCUAGAUGGCUGAUCUAAAAUCAGGUGUUUCAGAUGUCGAAGUUUAGACCAAGUCUAACUCUGGUCUCCAUCUUUACUAAACUGUAUUUUGCUCGACGACUAUCAUGAUUAUUUUGGUGAAGUACUUGCAGAUCAGGUAUAAACUCUCAGAUGGUUUUUGAAAUAGAUAGUUAUCGAAUAGUUAAAGUGCGACGUCUGAAUUCAGUCUAAAAAUAAACAGAAUCUAGACGUUGAAAUUGGGUCUAAAAUAAA